CUCACUCCUCGCCAAUGGAACUCAGUGCAUGACCAGAGAGACUCAGCACAAGAGAUGGUACCUAUGAAAACGAUGACAGGGACAGGCCUCUAUUCGCUUGCUUGCCUUCUCAUCAGCAGUGUCCGUUCUACCUGUGUUCCUUUGGAGUGUCUGAGGUGUGACAUAAUCCCCUCACCUGAAGUGUCUGGGAAUCACAAAGCAGAUGAGGCCACCUGUGAACACCUGUGCUCCAACACUACCCAAUGUCUCAAUAACACUGAUGUAGAGAAUUGCAUAAAAGAUUUUGAAGUGUUUCUGAACACCAGUAAUGGAUUUGAAGUGGAGGAGGGUGAUGACCUCACAAUGGAGUGUGCCCACGACUUACCGGUGAGAGAUCAUAUCCUGCUGGUGUUUGUCUGGCUGAAGGAUGGGCUUCCCCUGGAGGGCGAGAACAAUAGCACGGUGACCUUGGAGAGGAUAGGCAUAGAUACCCCUGCCGAGGGGAAAUACACCUGCACCAUCCAGAGUCCCUGUGGCAACUUCACCUCAGAUCCAGAAGAACUUGAAUUUAAAGACCUGACAGUGGUGAUCAUUGUGAUCUGUGGUGUGUCUGCUGUGGUGCUGGUCCUGGCCCUGGGCAUGGGCGUCAAGAUCAUGCUGAAGAAGGACUUUGCGAAGACCAAGACCAGGAUGCAGCAUAAUACUCAGAACCUACGGAACACCGCCAACACAACAGAGUAGGGUUUCCUUUUUCCCAAAAACCUAGCCAUUUUCUUCCUGAGAAAAUUGCAAGCCUUUCCCGGGCAUCCAUGUAUUCCCGUUAAAACAGGAAAGGCUUUUUAAAAGCAAAUACAAAUCUGAUUCACUGUAAAUGGAGAAACAUACACACGUGUCUAAUGGUUUCUUGCUCUAUUUGUUGCAAUUUAAAGGUCCAAUGCAGAUGUUUUUAUCUCAAUAUCAAAUCAUUUCUGGGUAACAAUUAAGUACGUGCAAGAAUUUUGCUAGGACUGUCUGGGAGUGGUCUAGGUGGUGAGGGGAAACUGAAAAUGUGCUUUUAUUGGCAGAGAAGUUUGGAACUCUCUUUCUUAUUGGUCUAUUAACUAAUUUACCGCCUGUUGAUGUCACCAGGUGGGCCAAAACUUUUUUUUUAAACUGGAAUUAUCACAAUUUUCACAAAUUCACAUUAUUAUUUGAAACUCUAGGAAAUCACGUUUUUCUAGGCCUUAAAUCAACAUAAAUUUCCUCAAAGUCACCACACCGUUUCGUUGAUGUUGCCUAGUUUUCAUGUAGGUCUAUGAAGAACUGUCGGCCGACUGAUAAAAUAUUGUUACAGCCUAGUGAAGAUUACGGUCAUAACCAUGUCAUAAUAUGUCAUAAUAGCUGAC